CCAGUUGCCGUGGAAUCGCCAGCCGGUGUGCUCGCAUGAAAAACGAAAAGAAUAUUUCGGAAAUAGCCCAGUCCGUUGGCCACAAAUGUUCGGUGGGAAUUCCAGAGGAGCAGGCAUGUGGCAUCGCAUAGUUUUGCUCUGCUGCAUGUGGAGUGCAUUUUUCGUGUGCCACAGCCAGGGGCAACAAAUCAACAUUGGGGCCUUUUUCUACGACGAUGAACUGGAGCUGGAAAAAGAGUUCAUGGCGGUGGUCAAUGCCAUCAACGGACCAGAAUCGGAGCAAACCCUGCGCUUUUAUCCACUAAUCAAACGGCUGAAGCCCGAGGAUGGAAGUGUGAAGAUGCAGGAAGAGGCCUGCGAUCUCAUCGAUAAUGGUGUCGCGGCUAUUUUCGGACCAAGUUCAAAGGCGGCGAGCGACAUCGUAGCUUUGGUGUGCAAUAAUACCGGCAUACCGCAUAUUGAGUUUGAUGUUUCGGACGAGGAGCAUCAAGAGGAGAAGCCCAACCAUCAACUGACCCUAAAUCUCUACCCAUCCCAGGUUAUUUUAUCCAAGGCCUAUGCGGAUAUUGUGCAGAAUUUCGGGUGGCGCAAGUUUACGAUUGUCUACGAUGCAGAUGAUGCUAAGGCUGCAGCUCGCUUGCAGGAUCUUUUGCAGUUGCGCGAGGUUCACAAUGAUGUGGUGAGGGUCAGGAAGUUCCAAAAGGACGAUGACUUCCGGGUGAUGUGGAAAAGCAUCCGUGGCGAACGACGAGUGGUUCUGGACUGUUCCCCUGGCAUGUUGGUGGAUCUCCUGAACUCCUCUACAGAGUUUGGUUUGACUGGGCAGUACAAUCACAUAUUUCUCACGAAUUUGGAGACCUACACCGAUCAUCUGGAGGAACUCUCGGCAGAUAACGAAACCUUUGCCGUGAAUAUAACAGCUGCUCGUCUUUUGGUCACCCCAGAUCCACCAGCGUACUCCCUACCUUAUGGCUACGUCACUCAGAGGGACAACAUCGUCUAUGAAAGCAAUGAGCCGCCACGCACCCUCCUCCACGACCUGAUUCAUGAUGCACUGCAGCUCUUUGCGCAAUCCUGGCGGAAUGCCAGCUUCUUUUACCCGGACAGGAUGGUGGUGCCGCGGAUAACCUGCGACUUUGCCGCAUCCGGAGGUCGCACCUGGGCCAUGGGUCGCUACCUCGCGCGCCUCAUGAAAGGGACUUCCGGCGUGAGCAACUCGAACUUCCGGACGAGUAGCCUGCAGUUCGACGAGGAUGGUCAACGGAUUACCUUCAACAUUGAGGUGUACGACCCCUUGGACGGCAUUGGCAUCGCCAUCUGGGACCCGCGGGGUCAGAUAACGCAGCUCAAUGUGGACGCCAAGGUGCAAAAGAAGAUCAUCUACCGAGUGGCCACCAGAAUAGGUCCGCCAUACUUUGAGUACAACGAAACUGCUCGGGAGUUGAAUCUCACGGGAAACGCCUUAUAUCAGGGAUAUGCCGUCGACCUUAUCGGCGCGAUUGCCGAACAAGUGGGAUUCGAGUACGUCUUCGUUCCAGUUGCCGAUCAGCAGUACGGAAAGCAGGACAAGGAUACCAAGCAGUGGAAUGGCAUCAUUGGCGAAAUAAUUAAUAACGAUGCUCACAUGGGAAUAUGCGACUUGACCAUCACACAAGCUCGCAAAACCGCCGUGGACUUUACGGUUCCCUUUAUGCAAUUGGGUGUCAGUAUCCUCGCCUACAAGACUCCCCAUGAAGAGAAGCCACUCAAUGCUUACCUGGCGCCCUUCGGAGGAGAAGUCUGGAUCUGGAUCCUCAUAUCGGUGUUCGUGGUGACCUUUCUCAAGACCAUAGUUGCGAGGAUAUCGAAAAUGGACUGGGAGAAUCCGCAUCCAUGCAACCGGGAUCCAGAAGUGCUCGAGAAUAUGUGGCACAUCCACAACACUGGUUGGCUGACUGUGGCCUCCAUUAUGACGGCAGGAUGCGACAUCCUUCCAAAAAGUCCACAGGUGCGAAUGUUUGAGGCCACCUGGUGGAUUUUCGCCAUCAUCAUUGCCAACUCUUAUACGGCCAAUUUGGCUGCGUUUUUGACCAGUUCCAAUAUGGAAAACAGCAUAGGCAACUUGAAGGAUCUGGGUGGCCAGAAGAAGGUCAAGUUUGGCACCAUCUACGGCGGUAGUACGUAUAAUCUGUUGGCCGAAUCCAACGAGACCGUCUAUCGCCUGGCCUUCAAUCUGAUGAACAACGAUGACCCAUCUGCCUACACAAAGGACAAUCUCGAGGGAGUAGAACGCGUGCUGAAAAAUAGAGGAGACUAUAUGUUCCUCAUGGAGACCACCACCCUGGAAUACCAUCGCGAGAAGAACUGCGACCUGCGCUCCGUGGGCGAAAAGUUCGGGGAAAAGCACUACGCAAUUGCAGUUCCCUUCGGCGCUGAGUAUAGAUCAAACUUGAGUGUGGCCAUCCUGAGGCUAAGUGAACGGGGUACGCUUUACGACAUGAAAAUGAGAUGGUGGAAGCAGACAAACUCCAGCUGCUUCGAGGAACCCGAUCCGAGUGCCACUCAGGAUAUGAACUUCGAGGAGCUGCGCGGCAUCUUCUACACGCUGUACGCGGGCAUUCUGAUUGCCUUUCUCAUUGGCAUUACGGAGUUUCUGGUCUUCGUACAGCAAGUAGCGUUGGAAGAAAGGCUUACUUUUAAGGCAGCUUUCAAAAAGGAGAUCCGGUUUGUGCUUUGCGUGUGGAACAACAAGAAACCCAUCGUGGCUGGCACCCCAGUUUCUAGUUUGAGAACUACACCUCGGAGAUCCCUGGAAAAGUCCUUGGAACGCACCCCCAAAUCAGGCCGUCGAAUUGUUAUAGGACGUUCUUCGGAAGAAAUGCGAGAAAUGCCUCAAGGAUCUAAUUCUGCCUCCUCGUCGGCCUCUGACAAUACGAAAGUGAAACACAAGGAGGCUCGACUUUGAAUAUUCAUUGUUGACUUUAAUAGCUUUGCACAGAAAACCAAGUUUUAAAGUAGGUUCUUGAUUUCGAUGUUUUGUUAGUUAAUG